UUAAAGUCAUAAGUUUCCAAUAUAGUAUUUUUGAAAAAUUACAGUUAAAAUAAAUAAAACAUUUCGUUUUUCUUUUCGAAAAAUAUGCUAAUACAUGCUGAUUUGAGACCAUGUACAGACCAAGACGAAUUACGUUUUAGAAGGAGGGCUUUACGAGAUGCAGUAAUAUGUAUAGGAUGGCUUAAAUUAAUAUCCAUAAUAUGCUACAUAAUUUUGUACUUUCUAGUACAUGCUAACAGUAAAGGACAUAUGUCUCGAGUUAUUCAAAUCAUGGUUUUGUCUCUUAUACCUUUUAUAAUUUUAAAUGGAGUGCUACUAUUUUUUGGAGCAUUAGAAGAGAAAUUGUGUGCUCUAGAAGUCGGCCUUUGGUUGUGCCUUAUAAUUGCAGCAUAUAAUACAGCGUUAGGGGCAGUCGGAGGUAUAUUUUUUAUACGGACAGGAUAUCUGACUAUGCAUUUCUUUCUUGCUGUUAUUUUUGGAAUUUUAGCAGUAUCACUGUACACUGUCAUUUGCCACGACAUUUUAAUUAUAUAUGCAUACAAGAAUCUCAUCAAAUCCCUUGGCCAUUGUUAAGUGAAGGUUUUAAUACUAUCAUAUUAUAAUA